AUGGGGCGAAAGAAGAAGCGUUCCAGGCGCCGGGACAAGUCCAGUUCUCACCGCACGAGACGCUCGAUGCCUUCCUCGAAGCCGUUGCUGGAGCAGUCGGCCCCAGAUACGCAGGCUCUAUCGUACUUGAACCAGACGCACGCGCCAACGUCGCCGGGCCACUUAGAGGAGCCGUCCGCCGCGGACGAAAUGCAGGUGAAGUGGGCGCCUGAACCGGCGCAAGUGCGGUCGUCCUCGGACCAGAUGCAAGCCCAGUCAUCCGAGGAGCAGCCGAGGAAAGAAAGGAAGUCUUCCAAAGCUUCCAAGUCAUCGAGGGCCUCGCAUGGCGUGUCCUGGGGCGAAGUGUGCGAAACCAACGUGCAGACGGAAGGCGCAGACGCCUCGCAGGAUCACGCGUCGCCGACGUCGGCGGCUGCACGCGAACACAUCGAUUCGGAGCCUCCCGCCAAGGAGAUCGACAAAGACGUGGAGCGUCGACUCGUGGCGAUGUUCAAGCGGCAGCUCAAGACGUUCCUGUUUCCACCGAGGAAGCGACAGGGCUUCGUGUUUCCUUUAGAUUACGAGGACAGAAGCAUUCUUGACGGUCGGUCCAUUCGAGAGGAGCGCCACUUCCCGUGGAUGAUACACCCCAAGACCACCUUCAGGAACGCGUGGGACCUGUGCAUGUUGGUGAUGAGCUUCGCCAGCGUUAUCCUCGUGCCUCUCAACAUGGCUUACUUUGAGAGCGUACAGGAGGAGCGACUCGAAUGGCGCCUCUUCAACAUCGCCUCCGACCUGCUCUUCUUCGCUGACGUUAUCUUCAACUUCAGAACAGGUAUUCCCAUGAAGGAAGACCACGGCCGCAUCAACAUGGAUCCGGAAUACGUCGCGGUACAGUACCGGCGGGGUUGGUUCUACGUGGACUCCUUCUGCUGCCUGCCGCUGGACUACACCGCCAUGGUUGUGCUGCACACGGGCGACUCGGCCGACGACCCUUCCGCCACGUCAGCAUACCCAAGCAUCCUGCGAAUCAACAAGCUGCUGGCACUUCCCAAGAUCGGUCGGCUCACCGCCAUAAUCAGGAACCUAGCCGACGUUGAGGAAAACUUUUUCGUGUACUCCAAGGGAGUGUACGUGCGCCUGCUGUUCCACUUGGGCCUGCUCUUCCUGCUCAUCCACUGGCACGGUUGCCUGCAGUACUACGUGGACCGUCUGGAGGGGUUCCCCAGCAACUCCUGGGUUGCGCGACUUGAUCUCGUGAAUGCGUCGUGGCCGGUCCAGUACUCGUGGUCGGUGUACGGCUCGAGUUCCAUGAUGCUGGGCGUCGGCAUGGGCGCCAUCGAGGCGGACAACGCCCCGGACUCGUGGCUGCGCUGCGGUUGCAUGGCAACGGGUCACGCCCUGCAGGCCCUGCUGGUCGGCGCGUGCAUCGACAUGAUCACCUCCAUGAACUUCACACGCCUCAGGAACAGGCAAAAGAUACGCGACCUGGAUGACUACAUGCAAUACAAGAUGCUGCCGCUGAACCUGAGACGCCGUAUUCGUGACUACGCCGAGAACCGCUUCAAGGGGCGCGUCUUCGACGAAAACCAAAUCAUCCAAUCGCUGUCGGAUCCCCUGCGUGAGGUGCGUUCAAGCGGGGAGGAUAUGCGGGACCUCCUCUCGGCCUCGGGUCUCACACCGCCCGUACUACACAGGCGACCCGAAAAAUGGCUCGUUAGCGCCGGUCACGUUGAAUCCUCGCAGGCGAAUUCACGCGUGAUGUGGCACAACUGCCGGCGGGUACUGCGCAACGUGCCGUUCUUCGCGCGGGCCGAGCCGGACUUCCUGCGCGACCUGACGGCUCGCAUGAAGAUGGAGUUCUUCGUCCCCAACGAAGUGGUGGCCGCGGCGGGAACCAUGGGCGACCGGCUCUACCUGCUGCAGUCGGGCAGCGCGCACGUCGUCGACGACAUGGGCAUCACCGUUGCCACGGUCAUGCCUGGGGACCGGUUCGGCGAGGUGUGCCUCCUGCGCGACACCCUGCGACUGCGGACGGUGAUCGCCGAUUGCUACUGCCACUUCUUCUCGCUGACGCGCUCCGACUUCAACGAGGUGUUGGCGCGCCACCCGGACGUGCGCGACAUCUGGUAA